GCACAAUGAUGACGUUCAAGGCCAGUUACUAUGGCGACAGUCUCUCUUCCUUCCGGUCUCCGGAAAUACGACACAGGGGCGACAAGUACAAUGGCGGUGAACAAGAAGAAUGUGCUGUCCUCUCUGGCAGUCUAUGUCGGGGACUCGGAACCCGAGCCGGACAGCGAUGUGGAGAUUGAUGAUGACAAAGCAGGCCUGGUAUCCAAAUCAUAUGGAUUGGGUGAUAUGUCCCGCAUGGAAGAGGAGGGAUCUAACAAGGAAGAUGAUGAUGCCAGUCUGCGCUCUGAAGAGGAAGAUUCAGAAAAUGACAAUCAGGAGAGUGGUGAAACACAGGAACAGUCUGAGCUGGAGAAAAAAGACCCCCAGGAGUUGGUGGCAUCCUUUUCAGAGAGGGUCCGAAACAUGUUGCCAGAUGAUAUCAAAAUUCCCCCAGAGCCACCAGGCCGCUGUUCUAAUCACCUUCAGGAGAAGAUUCACAGACUAUAUGAGAAAAAACUGAAAGAAGGCACAGACAUGAAUCAAAUUAUCCAGAAGAAAAAAGAAUUCCGGAACCCCAGCAUUUAUGAAAAACUCAUCCAGUUUUGUUCCAUUGAUGAACUUGGCACCAACUAUCCAAAGGAUAUGUUUGAUCCUCAUGGGUGGCCAGAAGAUUCUUACUAUGAGGCUCUUGCAAAAGCCCAAAAGAUUGAAAUGGACAAGCUCGAAAAGGCAAAAAAGGAGCGAACAAAGAUUGAGUUUGUUACUGGAACUAAGAAAGGUACAACUACCAGCGCACCAACUGGCACAACAAGCACAACCACUACAGCCACUGCAGAUGCACAAAAAAGGAAAAGCAAGUGGGACUCCGCUAUACCAAUUGCCCAGCCAACCAUCCUCACAACCACUGCCACAUUGCCUUCUGUCGUCACGGUAACAACUAGUGCAAGUGGCUCAAAAACUACUGUCAUUUCUGCUGUGGGCACCAUUGUCAAGAAGGCCAAGCAAUGAGAGGAUGGGAGACAUAAUAGACUGAACUCUGCUGAUAAACUCAUGACUGAGGCGCUUACUAUUCUGCACAUUGCAAGGUUUACUGGAUGUGAAUGACUGUGCCAGCAACUGAAGUGAUCUCUUGCUAUGUGGUAAUUGGACGAUAAAAGGGUAAACCAGGAAUCCCCACCUUUUUACCUCAGGAGGACCUGGUUAUCUUCAGAUAAGAAAUAAUGUAUACAUUGGGAUAGUGUUUUGUGUAUAAUUUCUCUGAUGUAUAAAAGGCUGCCUUUUUAUUUUAA